AUGGUGUUCAAUCUCCGAACCUUCAGUUUUGCUGAGUCCAUCGAAGAUGAUCCAACACCUCCUAAAAGCUUCUCUCUAAAGGAGCUCCGAGUCGCGACAGACAACUUUAGCAGCAACAACAUCGUGGGGGACGAGUGGGGCAGCAAGGUUUACAGUGGGCGCUUAGCCAAUGGUUCGAUAGUGGCAGUAAAGAGAGCAAGCUUUGUCAAUCAGUGGAGCCAGAAGGAAGUCGAAGCAGAAGUGCAAGUGGGAAGCACGGUUUCGAUACACCCAAACGUGCUACACCUGAGGGGCUUUUGCCGGACCAAGAAAGAGCUCUUAAUGGUGUAUCCAUUGAUGAUCAACAACAGCCUAUCUUACCAUCUUACCGAGAGACCGGAUACGUUUGCCUGA